GUGCGCGGCGGCGUUACGGGGUACAGUCUGCGCAUUCGAUUUUUAAACAUAUCUAACCAUUCGAUGACUGGUUUUUGUACAGUCGACACGCGUUAAAAGCAAAAUAAACAUAAUUGUGAUAGACGUUUGUUAUAUUGGUGUGUUCAUUUGUUGAUAACAACCUGUGUUUGUACAAAAUGUGCGAAAAAAGAACAAGGAAAAUUAAGAAGGGAUCUCAUCUGACACGUUUGCGAGAGGCCCGACGUGUAGAAAGGCUACAUCGGCUACCACCUCCUCCGACCCAUGAUGAGAAUACCACACCAUGGGCACCAGCCCCUCCGUUGCCCGACAAAGCAGCCCACAACCGUGUCAUUCUCGAGUUGGCAUGGAGAACCAUUGCGCUCAUGCAAAAGAACAGAUUAAUACAACAAAAGAUAAUCGCAUUACAGAGGGAAACGGCGGACUUCAUCACAGCUGUUAUGAGUAACCCUGAAAAUCGCCGCCGCUAUAUCGAAUACGUACGCGUGUAUGGUAUACCACAGGAGUUAAAAUUACAAAUUCAAAAUGAUAAAGACAGCAAUGAACCUACAAUAAAAACUGAACCUAAGGAUUAAGAAAAUGAAUUUAUGAAUGGACUGAUUGAAGUUUACUAGUGUUAUGUUGAUUUAACUGUUGUAUUAAUCAACCUACACGUACUUUUGUGUGUGCACGCUGCGUAUUUGCUUACUUAUAUGUAUUGUUGUUCAGUUACUUGCAGUGUGAAUGACUUUAAGUGAGUUAUAUGAGAUCAGAUAAUUAAUGAAUGCAAAAAUAAUUCUGUCAAAAUAUCAAAAUUAUGCAGCGGUAUUUUUAAGUUAGGAAUAAAAUCGGAAUAUAGCCAAACAACUAUGGCACGCGCACAUAUUACGGCGUCUCAAAAAUAUUGUUCUUAUUUCUAAUUUAUUAAUGAGAGUUUUUUUAUUAAUAUUAUUGCAUCGUGGUAUUAAAUAUUGUUAAAGUUGUUAUUAAAUUCUGUUUGGAAAUAUUUUUACUCGUCGAAUUAUAAUUAUUGCGCUUAGUAUUUAUUUAGACGUAACGUGGAUUUAUUACUAAAACUUCGAUUCUAAUAUACUUCAUGACAUGUACGUAGAAACUAGAACUUCUACAAAUCUAUUUUAAAUAUUAAACUGUUGUGUCAAUUACUAUUCAAAUUACGAAAAAAUGUCAUAACAGUUUAAUAGGUAAAAUGAACUUACUAGACGUUUCAUGUUGUUAUGAAUAAAAGAGAAAAAAUAAUGAAUGAUCUCUUUUCUUUAUAAAGUAGAUAUUAUUAUAAUCAUAAAGGUAAAUAUAACUUCCUCUUCGUGUCUUUUCGGGAGGCUUACGGUCUGUUUCACAAGUAUUAGAAUUCUUACAAAUGACUUCUAACUCAGUUAAGUUAAUAACUAAAACAAAAUAACGUAUCAGUAACCCGAAACAUAAUUCAAAAUUUUAUCUAAAUAUAAUUUUAUAUAUAUAAAGUUAGGCAUAAUGUAGAUAAAAUUCUUAAAUUCUGAAGAUAGAUAAUGGAAACAUAUUUCCGAUUAAGUAUCACAAUUAACUCUAAAGUUUUUAUUUAUCAAAGAAUUUAAUUAUAAUUUUUUUAAACUUCAUUUACAAUUAGUGCCGUGACACCAUUUGUGAGUUUGUAAAAUUGGGGCCUAAAUUCUUUGAGAAUUUUGUCAUCAAUUGUAAAACAGACCGUUAGAAUUCUUUUAUAUUUGCCUGCCAGCAAUAAUGUUGAAUGCUGUGUCUUAAACUAAAAUGUUGUGGUAACUCUAGAAUACCUGUUAUCUUAUAUGUAAGCUAUUCAGAGGUUGUAAUGCAUGAGGCUGUUAUUGUUUUUAAGAAUAAUCGUGUCUUUUUUGUUGCAAAAUUGUCUAAGUAGAAGGCAUAUUUUAAAGUUUGCGCUUGCAACAUCACUCUCACUAACUGACUUCAAAACUAGCUAUUUCUUAUUAAAUUGUAUUUUCUGUCUGUUUCGGUGGUCGAAAGUAUUUAAGCGAGAGUCGUUGCCAUUUUUUUUAUAAUCUAACAUCGUUUAUUCAGUAAGUAGUUGUGAUUUAAAAGGAGCAUAGGAAGAUAAUUCAGUAAAACCUAUUAUGAAUAAAGGAAAGGUUGAAAAAAUAACUUCUAGAUUCAAGAUUCAACGUAAAAUAUUAUUUAAUACGUUUCACAAUUAUUUUUAUUACAGCGGUUGUAAUGUGCGAUGAAUCCCACAUAAGUACUUAAGUCAUAUGAACCAUUGCUAUUACGAUAUUGGAAAGCAAGAUUUUUGAGCUCCUUUGUACGAGGAAAAACAUAUUAAAAUAAAAUACGGGCGUUUUGUUUCGU